AUGGCUAGGCUCUCAUCGAUCAAGCUCACCCUCGCCACUCUCCUGGCAGCCACGGCAUCAGGAGCCAGCAUUCCGUGCCCGCAGGACCCAACCUCGUACGCUGUGACGAAGUUCUUCGCGAGCUGCAUUCCGCACUCGCUCACCUGCUCGUACCAAUUCAUCGUCGAUGCAGCCACAACCUGCGCUCUGGUUCCCGUCGGGCCCGACUACCUGCCCGAGGUGCUGUUGACCGGCUGUGCGGACCCGAGGUACUCGUGGGCCGUGACCAGGACGGCGGACGGCGGGCUGGACCUGAGCAUCACGACUGUGUCCGUGGUCAGCCCGGGCGUGAACGUCACGGGCACGCACAAGAUCGCCAGCGACGAGCUCGAGGUCACGAACCACGGCAGCGUCCAGGACCAGAGCUAUGCGGGCCCUCAGGAUUUUGUGGUGCAAGUCGCGGCUUAG